AUGUUAUAACUUAUAUAGGAACAGAUUAGUCAGAGAUUAUUAUUUACCUUAAAAAAAGAAUUCAAAUUGGCAUAUGGAUUGAAUUAAGUAAUAACAUAUACAAUGUAUAUAAGGCUAAAAUAGUCGUUUAUGGAAUAUAUCUUAUAAAAUGUUAGUAAUUCUUCUCAAUAUAAUGGGGAUUAAAGGGUUUGAUUAUAAAAUUGAAUAAAAAUAAUUUCAUUAUUUUCUUAGCAAUAUUAUUAUUAACAGAUUUUUAAAUUAUGCACAAGUAAUACAACUUUGCUGGAGUUGAUUUAUUAUAAGAGUAAGUGUUAAGUAUUAGAUUAAUUAGAUUUCCUGAGCAAUAAUCAUAUUUUGAAUAAACUUAAGGAUAUGCGAAUGACUUUGAGUCUUCAAGAUAACCAGUAAUUUAAGAAGCAUAUUAACCAACAAAUUUAGGGAAGGAUUUAUUCAUUACACUUUAAGUAAAUAGAUUUAAUAACUUAUUAUUAGAAUGAAUAUCGUAAUACAAGAAAAGUUACUACUUAUUCAGAUAAAGCAUUGUUUGAUUUAUGGAAAGUAAUUGCAAGAUCUUAGUCAGGUAAACCACCUCCAAAGAAACCAGCAAAAGAACCAGAAAAUGUAAAUUAAUUUAAGUUUAUCAUAUUUUAUAGGAGUUGAUAAAGAAACAAUUAGAACAUAAAAGAAAUUUACAUUUUUAUGCUUAAGCAAAUGAAAAAGAUGUUUAAUAUACAUUAAAAUAAUUUGGUGAAGCUGAAGAAUAAAAUGCUAAUAUCAGUAAAUUUAUAGAAGAAAGAUAAUCUUAAUUGUAAUAAUAGAAAAAAGAGUAAGAAAAAAAAAAUAAGAAAAUGAGUAAGUAAGUUUUAGAUAGAUUGUUUCCAAAACCUUUAAUUUAAUAAGAAGAUGAUAUAAAAACAAAAGAAAAGAAAUAGAGAGAAUAAUUUGUUGAAGCAGUAAUAUAACAUUAUAAAGCUAAAAAUCCAGAUCAUAAAAAUUUUAAAUAUCCAGAUAGAUUAAGAUAAUAUUGGAAUGAUAUUUAGAAUAAUAAACCUGAAGGAAAAGGAGAUGAUUUUGAUUUGUAUUUUUAAGAUUCAAUGGAAAUGAUAAAUGAUUAAUUUUAUAAAUUUAAAGGAUUUUAUACUGAUAAUGUAGAAGAUAUAAUUAAAGUAUGGAAAUAAACACUUUAAAAUUCAAAAUAAGAGAUAGUAACAUAUGAAAGUGAAGAUAAUUUAAGAACACUUUUAACUUAAUAUUUGUAAAUGAAAAAAGAUUAAGAAGAUGUUAAUUUAGGAUUACGUAAAAUGGAAAUGGAAAAAAGUAUGAAGAAAAAGAAAACAGAAAUUAAUUAUUAAAGAGUAACAGAAAUAGCAAAACCAAAGGAUCGUUUAAGAGUAGGUAAGACACUAUUAGAAUUAAAGAAAAUGUAUCCAAAUGAUAAAAUAUUAAGAAGAAUGUUAUUAUAAGAGUUUCGUGAUACAAAAGUAGCAAAAUAUCCUUUAGAAUAUGAUGUAGUUGAUAGUGAUGAAGAAAAUAAAUAGAAAAUGAGACAUUUAUCUUAAAAAGGUGGAUGUGUAAUAACUUUAGAAGAAAUGGAAGUACCAACUAAAAUGAAAAUAGAAGAAAUAGCUGAUUUAUUUGAAAAACAUAUGGAUUUAUAUUAUUCAGAGAAAUAAACAGCUUUAAGAAAAGAAGAGUAGGAAAGAAAAAAGAAAAGAUAAGCAGAAUUUAAACUUAAAAAAUAUAUAGAAUAAAUGGCUAAAAAGUAUUUAGAAUUAAGAAAGAAAAGAUUAGAAGAGAAAGUGCCAACAAUAAAUGAAUAUUUAUCAACAAUGUAUAAAUAAAUGUUGAUAUCUCAUAAAGAAGCAACAAGGGAAAACUUUCCACAUUUGAAAUAUGGAGAGAGUAAGAAAUUAAGAAAGAAAUCUUAUCCUAGUUCAUUAAAGAGAUAUUUUUUUGGAAUGAUGAAAUCUUAUGUUAGAAGGAAAUAUGAUUAUAUAAAAGAUGAAACUAAUAGAAUAGGAUUUUGGGUACCAACAAAUGGAAAAAGUAUGUGUGUAGUUCAUAAAGAUUCAUUAUGUCCUCCUGGUUGUACAAGAUAAACAUUAAAUUAAAGAGUUAUUGGUUAAAGUAAAUUAGUAAAAGAAGCAUAAUUAUUUGCUGAUAGACCUAAAACAUCAGUAUGGGAUUCUGAUAAUUAUUAAUCUGAAAGAUGUAAUAUAAUGAUGACUUUCUCUGAUGCAAAAGAAUGUACAUUCUAACCUGCUGUUUGUUAUAGAAUGCCAGAAAAGUUGAAAAGAGUUAUUUUAUCAACACAUAAUUGGGCUUAAAAUAAUGUUGGUAAAAGUGGAUCAUUAAAACAUUUCUUAUCAUAAUUUGGAGAUAAUUUUAAGAAAGUUCCAUCUAUAUAUAGAUUCGGUAUUUUUAAAAGAUCUUAGGUACUCUAUCGUAAAGGAGAUUAUAGGAAAUCUUAUUAAUUAUUGGCACUUUGUUUUAAUAUAAGAGAUCUUAAAUUGAUAUUUAGAGAUCCUGAAGUUAAAAUGAAAUAACCUAAACCACAUCCAAUAUUCAAUCCUUAAAAUAUGGGUAUUGAUGAUGAUGAACUUAAAAAAGUACCACAUGAAAAUUUAUAAUUAAUGGAACCUGAAUAUUAAAAUAAACCUGAAUAUAAAUUCUUAUUAGAAGUUUAUCUUUUUAUUAAAUAAUUAGAAUCAUAUGAAGAUCAAUUAUUUUAAUCAUAAAAUAAUCUAAAAAGAAUGCUUAAAUAAGAUUAACAUUAUUAUACAUCACUUUAAGCAUUAAAUAAAUCUUAAUCUUAUGAUUUACGUAAAUUAACUGUUAAAGAUUAAAUGUGUCCAUUAGGAUAAAAUUGUCCUUCUAUAUAAACAAGAUGGCCAAAUUCAAAUGUAUCUGGUGUAACACCUAUAGGAGCAGAAUGUAUGUUUGCACAUCAUUUAUAUGAAUUAAGAUUUAGAUAGGAAUUAAGAGCAAGAAAAACUGCAUUAAGAGGUACACUUAAAGCAGUAACUGAAAGAUUAGGAGGUAAUUUAGCUAUUAAAGCAUGGAAUCCUGGAGGAAAUACAAUGAAACUUUGUAUUGGUUGUUCAGAAAAAGCAUUAUGUUCAGAAUGUGCUAUGAAAAAAAAAAAUAUUGCCACUUUAGAAAUUUUAAGAAGAAAAGCAAAAAAAGCCUAUUUAAAAAUUUAAUAAAGACCUAAAUUUAAAGAAAGAAGAAAAAUGGAAGAAAAAGAAGCUAAAAAUUAUAAUAUUAAAUUAAGUUGUUUAAGUAGAGCUAAUGCUUUAUAUAAUAAAGAGAGAUUUUCAGAAGCCUUUGAAGUUAUUUUAAAAGCUAUUGAAAUUGUUAAAUAAGAAAUUGAAGAAAAAGAAAAAGAUUUUGAGACUAGUUAAAUGAAUCUAAAGAAAUAAUUAUAAAUAGAUCCAGAUACUGAUGUAACUAUUAAAUAAGUUUAUGAAUCAACUGUUAAAUUGAAUCCUGAUGAUAAAUAAGAAGCAUAAAAAUUAUAUAUGUAUGCAAAAUAAACACAUCUUGAUGAUAAUGAUCCUGAACCUGAUACAAAAUAAUUUAUUAAUAGAUAGAUAGAAUUACUCUAUAGAAAAAUAGAAUCUAAAUUAUAAGAUAAUGUGAAUGAUAUUUAAUUAAUGAAAUAAAGAAUUAAUAAAAUUGAAGACAAAGAAGAUUAAAAAGCUAAAAGUAAAGGUAAAGAUUUAUCAAUGAAAAUGUGUCCUGAAUUUAUUAAAGAAGGAAGAUGUAAAAAAGGACAAAAAGAAUGUUCAUACUCACAUAAUUACUUAUUGUUAGAUUUAGAACCAACUGAUAGUAAAUUAAAAAGUCUUUAAGAAUCUAUUAAAAUGAAAGAAAUUUCAUUAAGAGAAUCUAAACCUCCAAUUCCUUGGGUUUAAUCUGGUUUAAAAGAUGCAGAAGAAUGUAAUAUUAUUAUAAAUAUCUUUAGAUAAUAACACUGCUGCUUAUGAUAAAGAAUUAGAAAAGAAAAGGAUAUUAAGAUCAAAAAGUAAGUAAUCAAAACAUUCUAAAUCUUAAUCAAAAGAAUUGUAUUCCUAAGAUUUUGAAGAUAUCAAAACACCAAUCUAUGAGAGAAAAAAGAAAUAAAACUAUUGA